GUGCGUGUGUGUGUGUGCCCGCGAGCGUGUGUGUCUGCGCGCGCGCACUAGCACAUGCAUGGCACGGCAACGAAAUCAUAUUUUCAAUUUUCCUACAGGGCCUUUUUCCACCGAGCCGGCGUGCAGCACAUCGCAAAAUAAAGCGCGGUCACCGCGCAAACGCCCUUCUGCGCUAACCAUCUCCCAGCCUGAUGCGUGCGAAGCGCUGGCGAAGGUCAGCAUCCGUCUCCAAGCCAGUUAGAACGUAGCGUCGCGGACUAGCACAUCCAGUACCCGUCCCGGUUUCUCUGGGACUCUUCACUCACAUCUCCGAGUCCCUUUAAAGGUCGUGUUGACGCGGGUCCGAGCGCCGACCUCCGUGAAAACAGCGGCGCGCGAGCGGCUAUCGCUGGAAGCUGCGAGGAACCGACCCCGACCCACCGACCGAAUCCAUGGCAACAGCAAUGGCAGAAGCGGAGACCCGACAGAAACUGCUGCGCACCGUGAAGAAGGAGGUGAAGCAGAUCAUGGAGGAGGCGGUGACCAGGAAGUUUGUGCAUGAAGACAGCAGCCAUAUUGUGUCUUUCUGCGCUGCAGUAGAGGCAUGCGUACUGCAUGGGCUGAAGCGGCGAGCGGCGGGAUUCUUGCGCAGCAACAAGAUCGCAGCACUCUUCAUGAAGGUGGGCAAGAGCUUUGCACCAGCUGAGGAGCUGUGCAGAAAAGCCCAAGAACUGGAGCAGAUCAUAGAGAGCAAGCGUAACCAAGUGCCCCUGAACCACGAGAGCUCCAGGAAACUGCCCAAGAUGCCAAACAUCUCCCCUCAAGUCGUCAGACACCUGUGGAUUCGCACUGCCCUCAUAGAGAAGGUUUUGGACAAAAUUGUGCUUUACCUGGUGGAGAACAGCAGCAAAUUCUAUGAGAAGGAGGCAGUUCUGAUGGACCCCGUCGAUGGACCCAUCCUGGCAUCUUUGUUAGUGGGACCCUGUGCUUUGGAGUACACCAAGAUGAAGACAGCUGACCACUUCUGGACGGACCCCUCGGCUGACGAGCUGGUCCAGCGGCACCGCAUUCACAGCGGCCACUGUCGACAGGACUCCCCCACCAAGCGGCCGGCCUUGUGUAUCCAGAAGAGGCACUCCAGCAGCAGCAUGGACGAGCGGCCGUCACCUUCGCUCUCGGCCCGAGACUACGUGGAGUCGCUGCACCAGAACUCCAGGGCCACAUUGCUGUUUGGCAAGAACAACGUCCUUGUGCAGCCGAGGGAUGAUAUGGAGGCCAUCCCUGGCUACCUGUCCCUCCAUCAAACAGCAGAUGUCAUGACCCUGAAAUGGACUCCCAACCAGCUGAUGAAUGGGUCUGUAGGGGACCUGGACUAUGAGAAGAGUGUGUACUGGGAUUAUGCCAUGACGAUUCGCCUGGAGGAGAUUGUCUACUUGCACUGUCACCAGCAGGUGGACAGCGGGGGCACGGUGGUGCUCGUGAGCCAGGAUGGCAUCCAGCGGCCCCCUCUGCGCUUUCCCAAAGGGGGGCACCUCCUGCAGUUCCUGUCCUGCCUGGAGAAUGGCCUCCUGCCCCAUGGACAGCUAGACCCUCCCCUGUGGUCGCAGAGAGGAAAGGGAAAGGUUUUCCCAAAACUGCGUAAGAGAUGUCUGCAGAGUUCGUCAGAGUCCACCUCCGACAAAGAGGAGGAUGAGGCCACAGACUAUGUCUUCCGCAUCUUGUUCCCUGGUAGCCAAUCAGAGUUUGUGACCGUUGCUCCCAGUUGCCCCCUUGCUCUCCCCCUGCCCCGCUCCCUCUCCUUGCACAUGUGGAGAAGCCCCUCUCGGAGGUCCAGGACCUUGGUGGUCCCCAAGCACUCCUGCAGCUGCCCUGGACCCCUCCAAGACCCGAAUUCACACCGCUUAACCCCAGACCUGAUGGACCAGGGGGCAAGCAUGUGGCACCCGACCCCCAGGAAGUCCUCCUGCUCCUCCUGCUCCCAGAGUGGCUCGUCGGAUGGGGGCCCCCCCAAUGGCUGCAACCAGGAAAGGGCCCCCCUGAAGCUGCUCUGUGACAACAUGAAGUAUCAGAUCAUCUCCCGGGCCUUCUAUGGCUGGCUGGCGUACUGCCGCCACCUCUCCACGGUGCGGACCCACCUGUCCGCCCUGGUGAACCACACCAUCGUGGAUCCCGACGUGCCUUGCGACGCCCGCGGGGGUCUCUCUGUGGAGGUGUGGCGCAGCUUCCUGAAAGACUGCACCGCUUAUGAAGAACAGGAGCUGCUGAGGCUGGUGUACUUUGGGGGGGUAGACCCCUCACUGCGCAGAGAGGUCUGGCCAUUUCUGCUGGGACACUACCAGUUUGGGAUGUCAGAGGCCGAGAGGAAAGAGGUGGACGACCAGGUGCGUGCCUGUUAUGAGCAGACCAUGAGCGAGUGGCUGGGCUGUGAGGCCAUCGUCCGGCAGCGGGAGAAGGAGCAGCACGCGGCUGCCCUGGCCAAGUGCUCGUCUGGGGCCAGCGUGGACAGCGGCGUGCAGCGCAUGAUGCACCGCGACUCCACUGUCAGCAACGAGUCCACCCAGAGCUGCAGCUCAGGCAGACAGAGCCAUGCACGACUGCAGAGUGACUCCAGCAGCAGCACACAGGUGUUUGAGUCAGUGGAGGAAGUAGAUCAGAUAGAGAUGGAACCCAAGGGUGACGAGACCAAGCAGGUUCCCAAGAUCCCCAACGGUGCCCUGCCAAAUGGUACUAGCUCCCCCGAUUCGGGACACCCCUCCUCCCGCAACUUCUCCAUCACUUCUGGCCUCUCGGACCGCUCACUGAGCACUGAAGACAGCAGUGCGCCUGAGCCGGCAGCUAAAGGCACCUCUUUCCAGCCACAACUUCCUCAGCCAAGCCCAGUCAAGACAGAGCAGCAAGCUGAGCCCAUUCCUGCUGCCAGCAUAGACACCAAGCUUCAGGUCCUUCCAGAAAAGGGAUCAGCUGCCAAGGAAGGAGCCAAAGGCAUUGAAAGACAGGAAGCCGUGGCUGUAGAUAAAGAGGUCGUCAGCGUUGCGGAGAUGACGGCGUGCAAGACUCAACAGACAGGGGGCGAUGUGAGUCUAGAGACCAAGGAAGCAGGGAUUCCAGCAACACAAGCCGUCACUGCUCCAGAAACUGUCAAGGCAGAAACUCCUGAAACAAAGCUGGUGUCCAAGUGUCCCGAAGCAUGGGGGGCUGAGGGUCGAGAACUGAAGGAGCCUGACGGGCGAGAAGCAGUAGCCCAAGGUUCAGCAGCAACUGACGGCCCCCAAAAUGCUAAAGAAGAAGCCAAAGGUAAAGAAAUGAAAGAGGGGAAACCCACAGAAUCCGAAGAGAUCAAGGUUCAGGAGAAAAAGGAAAAUGGAAUGAAGUUCAUGGAUAUUAACAUGCCUAAGGUGUUUGAAACUGGGUCCAAAUUGCUGACAGCUACUGAAAUUCCAAGUUCUGUAAGGACUGAGGAGGUCCUGCUCACUACAGACUCUGAUGAGUCUCCUUCUGCGAUCGAAAUGGAGGAGAUACCUCUGGUUGCCAAAGUGUCCAUGAGCCCAUGGGACAGGAAGGCCCCCUCCGAGAGCACCGGAGACUCGCUGUCAGCCCUAGCAGACAGUGUGGGAGCGAGCCCAGAAUUGGAGGAUGCGGAAUUGGGUCCGACAGGGUUGCCGGUACUGGAACUGCGGCUGGAAGAUGAAGUGGGGAAGGCCAGCCCAGAGGGGAGCGGGUCGGCCCUGUCCGAGCCCGAGAUGGAAAGCCUCUUCCCCCAGUUUGAUUCCCUGGCCGUCGGUGGGGAAGUGAAAAAUGAAGCUGCAUCACCCGUCUCCUCCAUCGGAACCACCUACUCCCAAGAACUGCUAGACAUGUACACCAUCAACCUUCACCGAAUCGAGAAGGACGUCCAGCGUUGCGACAGGAACUUCUGGUACUUCACUCCCGCCAACCUGGAGAAGCUCCGUAACAUCAUGUGCAGCUACGUUUGGCAGCACCUGGAGAUCGGUUAUGUCCAGGGUAUGUGUGACUUGCUGGCACCCCUCCUCGUCAUCCUGGAUGACGAGGCUAUGGCUUUCAGCUGCUUCACAGAGCUCAUGAAGAGGAUGAACCAGAACUUCCCUCAUGGGGGUGCCAUGGACACCCACUUUGCUAACAUGCGGUCUCUCAUCCAGAUCCUGGAUUCCGAGUUGUUUGAGCUGAUGCACCAAAAUGGAGACUACACCCACUUUUACUUCUGCUACCGAUGGUUUCUGUUGGACUUUAAACGAGAGCUGGUGUACGACGACGUGUUCGCCGUGUGGGAGACCAUCUGGGCCGCUAAGUACACCUCCUCAAGUCACUUUGUCUUGUUCAUUGCCCUCGCUCUGGUGGAGCUCUACAGGGACAUCAUACUGGAGAACAACAUGGACUUCACGGACAUCAUUAAGUUCUUCAAUGAGAUGGCGGAGCACCACAACAUCCAGCACAUACUGAAUCUGGCUCGCGACCUGGUGUGCAAGGUGCAGACGCUCAUUGAAAACAAGUGACCCCACAUGGCCCCACUUUCUGCCAGUUCCCGUGAACAGGCUUCCCAGUUUGCUGCUUGUCUCAGCCACGUCUGACCUG